AUGAAGCCCACAAUAGCCAUUGCGCUUGUGCUAGCACUAGCCGUAGUGCAGCAUGCUUCCCUCGCCGCCGGCGCCGGCGCCGGCCCCAGGGUCAUCAUCGUCGGCGCCGGCAUCUCCGGGAUCUCGGCGGGGAAGCGGCUGUCGGAGGCCGGGAUAACGGACGUGCUCAUCCUGGAGGCGACGGACCACGUCGGCGGGAGGAUGCGCAAGGAGAACUUCGCCGGCGUCAACGUGGAGGUGGGCGCCAACUGGGUGGAGGGCGUCAAUGGCGGAAAGAUGAACCCUAUCUGGCCCAUCGUCAACUCCACGCUCAAGCUCAGGAACUUCCACUCCGACUUCGACUACCUUGCCCAAAACAUCUACAAGGAGGACGGUGGCUUGUACGAUGAAGCUGAGGCACAGAAGAUAAUCGACCGAGCGAAUAAAGUCGGAGAUAGUGGGGAGAAACUAGCUGCCACUUUGUCCCCCAGCGGCCGGGACGACCUGUCAAUCCUUGCCAUGCAACGGCUCAACAAUCACCAGCCCAGCGGACCCUCAUCGCCGGUGGACAUGGUGGUAGACUACUUCUUGUACGACUACGAAUUCGCCGAACCACCACGCGUGACCAGCCUACAGAACGCCGUUCCCGCCAAGACCUUUAGCGACUUUGGGGGCGACGUCUACUUCGUCGCCGACCAACGGGGCUAUGAAUCCGUCGUCCACUACCUCGCCGGCCAAUACCUCAACACCAGCAAGUCCGGCGACAUCGCCGACGCCCGGCUGCAGCUCAACAAGGUGGUGCGAGAGAUCUCCUACUCCUCAAGUGGCGUCAUCGUCAAGACGGAGGAUGGCUCGGUCUACCAGGCAGACUAUGUCAUGGUUUCUGCCAGCUUGGGAGUUCUGCAGAGCGAUCUCAUACAAUUCAAGCCGCAGUUGCCCAAAUGGAAGAUUCUUGCAAUCUACGAGUUCGACAUGGCUGUUUACACCAAGAUAUUUGUCAAGUUCCCCAAGAAGUUCUGGCCUGAAGGACAAGGGAGGGAAUUCUUCUUGUAUGCGAGCACCAAGAGAGGUUACUAUGCAAUAUGGCAGGAAUUCGAGAAGCAAUACCCAGAUGCUAACGUUCUUCUUGUGACGGUCACCGACGAGGAGUCGAGGAGGAUCGAACAACAGUCAGACAACCAGACCAAGGCAGAGAUCAUGGAGGUGCUGAGGAACAUGUUCCCUGGCAAGGACGUACCUGAAGUAACUGACAUCCUUGUACCAAGAUGGUGGUCAAAUAGGUUCUACAAGGGCACCUUCUCCAACUGGCCCAUUGGCGUCAACCGCUAUGAAUUUGACCAGCUCAGGGCACCGGUUGGGAGGGUUUACUUCACCGGUGAGCACACUAGCGAGUUCUACAAUGGCUAUGUCCAUGGAGGCUACCUUGCAGGUAUCGACUCUGCAGACAUUCUGAUCAACUGUGCGCGGAAGAAGGUGUGCAAAUACCAUGUUAAGGGAAAAUACGACUAGUUUCUAAAGGUGCUGGUAUUUUUAAUGAAGGAAUGAGUGUGUGUGUGUGUGUGAUGCCACAGUUUGUUCAUCGAGAGUAAUAUGGCAAUUUGUGUGAAAUGUCGUGUAGCACUGCAGGACAUGCCUCCUACUGCCUAUUUUCAGCAAUUAAGCAGGUCUGUGUGGAAUGUCUAGUUCAUCAAUUAAGCCAAGGCAUGCAAUUUGUGUGGAUUCCUGCGAUGUUCUUCCGAAUUGAAUAAAAAUA